AUGAUUUGGAGCUUCAAUUUUUGGAAUAUUACAUUGCUACUAUGUUAUAUUCUUUUUUCAUUACACAUAUGCAAAGGUGUUAAAGUAAAUAAUCUCAGUAGUUGUACUACCACUAGUAGUAGAAGUAGAAGUAAUAGUAGUAGAAGUAGAAGUGAUAGUAGUAGAAGUAGAAGUAAUAGUAGUAGUAGUGCUCGUGGCGGUUGCUGUAGGGGCAUAAAUUUACCUCUCAGAAAGAAGCUUCUGAGCAUACCUAAUAGAGUACCCGCAAAAAUAAGUAAAGGUCCAAACCAGCCAAUUAAAGAGUACGAUGUUAAUAAAAGAAAUAUAAUGAUCAACUGUUAUGAUAAGUCAGACAUCUUUCAUAAGAGUUUUUUUUUAUCAAUGGAUGAGAAAAAGAAUAUAAAGGAUGUCAAGGAAAAGAUUGAAAAUUUACACGGAAUACCAAUAAUUUUUCAAGAAAUAAUUUAUGAAAAUAAACCUUUAAGUAAUGAUGUAACUAUUGAAUAUUUAAUUAAAGACAAAAAAAUAAAAAUUUUAAAUUUUCGACUUAUACCAAUACUUCCACACUUGUUUAGUGAGGAAAAAGGAGAAUCUUUUAACGAAUGUGAAAAAGAAAAUAAAAAAAUAAAAUACUUAAAAAAGAAGCUAAAAUUUUAUGGCUACUUAACACUUCUUAACGAAUAUAAAAAAUUAUUACAAAAAUUAGAAGAAAAAAAUUAUAUACUAAAAAGUUAUGAUAUCAUCGAAUCUUUUAAAACAUUUGACACUGAAUUCGAAAGGAUGUUAAACAAUAACAAUUUAAGUUUAGAUAAGAUAAAAAAAGAAAUAGAAGAAUUAAAAUGUCUUAACAAGAAAAAGCUCAUGUUAAGGUUAGAAGUUGACUACCCACUUAUGAGUAAUUUGCUCUUACAAAGAAUAAAAGAAAUGAUUCAUUUUUAUUACUUGGGUGAUAUUAAAUCGGUCCUUAAAUUUUCAAUCUUUUUUUAUAUAUUAUAUAAAUAUGCCAAUUAUCCAAAAAAUGUAAAACAGUUUUUUCUGUACUUAUCAUUUUUUUUUCUACUGGCACCCUGUAAAUCUUUUUACAAAAUUUUCCAUUUCGUCUUUUUUUUCAUCCCACGUGGUCUGCUAUUUUCUGGCUUCACAAAUAUACUGUCGGCUUCGUAUCAACAAAUUUUAAUGUGUCAAUAG